ACGUCUGGGUGGUUGAAAUACCGUUAGGAUGAGAGCCUUCCGUAGCAAGAAGGCCUCGCGCACAGGCUCCCCUUGAUCAGGCAGCCAGUGGUAGACCUCACCCAGCAGACGUCCUCCAACGGACCAGUUCCUGCUGCUGCCCACAAGCUCUCCACCCGACCCCGGCUGUGUCUCGCAGGCAGCUCUCCGCAAUCUACGCCCACAAUCCCCGUCCGCUUCUUAAGGCGGAGCGCAACUCCCCCGCCCCUCCUUCCUUGUCUCUCUCUCCUACAAGCCACGCAGCCCUCGACUGCAGCAUUCCAGUCGUGCCGCCUGCCCCACCGCGAAGCGUUCUCCGCGACUGACCGCGCUCCGACCUGCGGCGGUUACACCGGCAGCCGCCCCUCACAGCCCGCCGCCCCUCACAGCCCGCCGCCCCUCACAGCCCGCCGCCCCCGCAGCGCGGAUAAUCGCACACAGCCGUCAGGGCGGCGCAGCGCCCGUCCCCGAGCUGACGCCACAGCGGCGCGAGGCGGCCAGGGCGGACGCGCGGUGACGUCACGGCAGCCCGCGGAGCGGGGCGGCGGGCCUGAGGUGGCGCGGGGCGCGGUUGCUGAUAAAGCGGCGUCCUUCCUCUUCUGCUUCGUGUCUCGUCUCCCCGGCCUCGGGUUCUUCUCGCCUUCUCCGCUCGGCGGCCAUGGAUGCGCGGGCUCGUGCAAAGCGCUACGAGAAACUGGACUUCUUGGGGGAAGGGCAGUUUGCCACUGUGUAUAAGGCGAAGGACAAGGUCACGGGGCAGAUCGUCGCUAUCAAAAAGAUUAAACUGGGACACCGAUCAGAAGCUAAAGAUGGAAUUAACAGAACAGCUCUCAGGGAGAUAAAGUUGUUACAGGAGCUAAGCCAUCUGAAUGUUAUUGGUCUUUUAGAUGCAUUUGGACACAAAUCUAAUAUUAGCUUGGUGUUUGAUUUCAUGGAAACAGACCUUGAGGUUAUUAUAAAGGAUACUAGUAUUGUGUUAACACAAGCUCAUAUCAAAGCGUAUAUGCUGAUGACACUUCAAGGAUUAGAGUAUUUACAUCAACAGUGGAUUCUACACAGGGAUCUUAAACCAAAUAAUUUGCUGUUAGAUGAAAGUGGUGUUUUGAAAUUGGCUGACUUUGGCUUGGCAAAAUCUUUUGGAAGCCCAAACAGAGUUUACACACACCAAGUAGUAACAAGAUGGUACCGAUCCCCAGAACUACUGUUUGGUGCUAGAAUGUAUGGUGUUGGUGUUGAUAUGUGGGCUGUUGGUUGCAUUCUAGCCGAGUUGCUUCUCAGGGUUCCCUUCUUGCCAGGAGACUCUGAUCUUGACCAGCUGACAAGGAUUUUUGAAACACUCGGCACUCCAACAGAAGAACAGUGGCCUGGAAUGACAAAUCUUCCAGAUUACGUCACAUUUAAGUCUUUUCCUGGAAUGUCUCUUCAGCAUAUCUUCAGUGCAGCUGGUGAUGAUUUACUUUGUCUUCUACAAGGAUUAUUUACAUUUAAUCCUUGUUCUAGAGUUACAGCCUCUCAGGCAUUGAAACAGAAGUAUUUCAGUAAUCGACCAGGACCCACUCCAGGAUAUCUGCUACCCAGACCCAACUGUGCUGCAGAAGCUGUAAAGGAGCAACAACACACACUUUUGAAUUUGAAAAGGAAACGAGGAGAGGGAGUAGAUCAAGGAUGAGGCUGUUUCAAUACAAGAGGUGUGAUACCUUGCUGGAAUGGAGAUGCUUCCAUGAAAAUGCAUUUCCUCAUGAGCUCAGAUGGAUAACUAAAUUAUUUAAGUUCAUCUUACUGUUUAAGCACUUUGACCCAUUGUGUUUUAGAUUAUGUCAAAUUACAAAUAAAAUGCAUUAGUUUGAGUUAAUUUCUUUUUGAAAUUAGAAUCUUUAAUCUGUUAACUAUUUGCAUGCUCUUUGCUUACCUGAGUACCAUAGGUCGGCUGGCAUGUGGGAAUUUGUCAAGUACCAUAGGUAAUUAACUAAAGGUGAUUAGUUGAAGCUCACCAUUGUUGGAGACACCAUUGUCCCUAGAAUAUACAGGUUUGUCCCUAGAAUAUACAGUUAGCUAAAGAACAGGAAAGAGGAAGAAAAGCUUCUGAGUUUUGCAGUCUUGCAAAAAAAAUCUUGAAAUCUUGCAUUUGCCAGUGAGCAGUUUCCAAAGCUGUAUCAGAACUUGCUUUAACAUCACAAAAGUCUGAUCUUCAGCAAGGGGAAAUCAGAUUUCUGCCUCAGACUUUGGACAAGGCUAGGACUUCAGAGUUUGGAUAUAAAUAAGGCAUUUAGGAAUUCAGCAUUACUUUUUGAGAUAUCUUAUUGUCAGCAUGAAAAGUAGUAUCAUUUGCUUCAAGUGCUUAUUGAAGCACAUCAGAAAAUUAUGUUGUGUUGCUGACAGAACUUGAAUGUGUCAAAAGUGUAGAUCAUAAUAGUCCCAACCAGCAUAGAAAGAGAGAGCCAGUAUUCAAGCUAACAGAUCUGCUAUCCUGGACUUCAUCUGACAUCCUUAUGUGGCACAAUCUUCUGAAGUUAAAAUGAAGUUGAAGUGAAUAUUGGAAGAACCAGUCUUUUUUUAUGAAAAGAAUUAGAAGUACAGCAUCUUCUUAUUGCUGUUAAAGGUAGAAAUGUACAAAAGUCAUUUCAAAGUAAGUAAUCCCUUGAAAUUCUCAGGCUUGUCUGUGCUUAUGUCUUGCACAGCAUCUAUCUCAGACCCAUUGAGGUAGCACUGCAGAAACUGAGAUCUUAAAUUGGGAAGCAGUAGGUGACCUCUUAUAAAAUCUUGGUAUCAGAGACUGGCUGCUAAGAGUAUAUUUAUGCCAUCCCCAUGAAGUGCUGCAUUUUCACAAGAAGAAAACAUUGUAACCAUGGGGAAUGCUCACCAAAAUGAAAUGUGCGGCAGCUGUACUUUUCAAAAAAAAAAAAACUCUCUAUUGCCAAGGGAAAACUAGCAGUACCUGGAUGAGUGCCUGUUUUAAAAAAAAAAAAAAAAAAAAAAGGAUUAAACAUACAUAAUUGCUGGCUAUUUCUGCCACUUAUUUCUAAUCAGUGAGGUGAGUGGAGAUGCUGAUGUCUACUGAUUGUCCAUCUUUUCCACUCUGGAAAACAAUCAAAUCAAAUGGAGCACUUCUUCCUCAGGAACAAACUUCUAGUUCUGUUAAUUUACAUUUCUACAGAGCUGUAAGCUCAUAAAAUUGAGAAUACAGAAGAUACAGCAGUCAUCUUUCCUAAGAUAGUACAGAUCUGAGAUUAGGCAGGUUUCCUGAGCUAUUCUACAUUGGCUUGGAAAAAAAAAACAACAAAACAGCCUUUUAAUAUCUAAAGUUAGGCACUUCUGUAGUGUGGGUGUUUGCUUAAGGUUUGUGGGAAUGAUUCAUUGUUAAUUUAUAUUAGAGAACACCUGCUUAUAGGACAUGUAAAAAUUGUUGGAUCCUUCUGUAGAGAACUUUGUAUCCAUUCUAGAAGGCAGCUAUGGUUUAUUCUAUCAAGAUUAUAAAUAAGCAGUACAUGAAUAAAUUAGAGGACAAGAGGUGCAUUAUUAUCAGAAGUGCUGCUGCCCUCAUUUCUGCAGUUGAUACUAACAGAAAUGUGGUUGAAGAAUGAGUCACAGACUUAACUGUUACCUCCUAAAGACAGUUCUGCUGGGUACUGCUGGAAACAUCCAAAUAAUUUGUCAGGACAGUAUCUCUGAUAAAAGCAGACUUCAUUCACGAUUGCAGUGGUGGGUGUCCUGCAAGCAGGAGCGCGCCUAUGGACACAAGAUGAGUCUUUAUACCCUGUUUUCUCCCCCUUCUUUCCAAGAUGCCUCAGUGCUCAGUAUUUCGUUCCCUACCUGGGAAGAGACCCCCUCUUUUGUACAACAUAAGGCCUUUUGUACAGUAUUUUGAAAGCACUUCACCCCUCUUUGACUCUAGGUUUCGUUCUGCUACUAAGGAGAGCCAAACACAACAACUGUGGCCAGGAUAGUCCAGCUUCCUGGCCUGGUUUUACAACCUGUGAUUUAACUAGAUGGUUCAUCUUUUCCACCUGACCACUUGCCUGUGGUCUGUGUGAUAUGUGCAAUUGCCAGUUUAUUCCCAAUGCUUGCUGACCUGUUGAACAAUCUCUGCAAUAAAGUGAGUCCCCUGGUUGAAGGGUGUUAUUGCAGGACACCCAAACCUUGGAAUAAUCUCCUGCAACAAUAUCUUGGUUAUUUCUCUGGCUUUAUUGGUCCUGCAAGGAAAUGCUUCUGGUCACCCUGAAAGGGUAUUGGUUAGAACUAGCAUAUACCGGAACCCUCCUUUUUCUUGGCAGUUCUUAAAAAAAAAAAAAAAAAAAAAA